CUAUAAAACACGAUCUGUACCUCGCCUUCUCUCUGUACACCGUAUUUAUAGAAAUUAUCGCCGUAAGGGGCAAUCUACUUCAUCAUAACUGCCAGUAACCCCUGUCGUAUUUUCGCUCCGAACGUCCUCUAUAGCGAGCUGCCGCACCAUGACUGACUCCCCGCGUGUCGAUGAGUCUCCUAUUUCGCCGACCCUAGAGCGGCGCAACUCGCUGGAGAAAUAUCUCCAGCGCCGUCCGAACCCCCAGGAGCUCAAGGACAGACAUAUCCUGCUGGACACAAACGCUGCACCAUCCCUCCAAGCUGCACAGCACGAACUCGCUCGCCAUCGCGCCAUGGACAGCCUCAAGCGGCAUCUAGAAAAGAGACCGGAUAGAGAUACUCUUAUCGAACGCAACAUCCUUCCAUCCUCCACCGCCGCUCCGGCCCUGCAGGCCCAUGCCAAAGAAUUGGAAAGACAUAUGGUGGCGGACUCGUUGGAGCACAAGAUCCAAAACCGGCCAAAGCCGGAGGACUUGAUUAAGUCCGGGAUUUUGGAUGAGGAAGAGGAUCCGAGGAAGGUGUGAUGAGGUGCAAGUGUUUGAAUUAAUUGGUGUCAAUUGGCUCUUGUAUGCGUUGGGGCGUUCUUUUUGGAGGAUUCUUUUUGACCCUGGUAAUGGUUUCGCUACAGAAACAGAAUAUAUGGCAAUGGGGAUAGGUUGAGAUGACUUUGGUUCAUGCUUCUGCGAUAAUUAUUAUUAUGGAUUGAUGACCUGAAGGAAUUAGAUGAUAUUCGACAUGUGGAUCUGAUAUCAUUUUCGGCCCA